ACAUGCUAAUGCCUUGAUUGCAGUGUUAUUCGGAACGCCUUGUUACAGUUGACCACUCGUGCUCUAAGUGCUUCGGAUGGGAAUCGUAAAACUGCAAUUGCCAAAGGAAAGUUCAAUCCAGCAGAAAUACGCCGGGUCAAGUCCAUAGCAGCCAGAUCAUUCGUAGUUUUCUGAAGAUUACACGGUCUACGGUCUCCUCCACUCAAAAUGCAGUCCAGACUACAUGACGGUUUCACUGUACAAAAGCUCAAGUUCAGGACCAGAAAGGUCCCCAAGACGUCCUCCAUCCCGCUCAUCCUACCGAACGACCUGAAGUACAACGGAUCUAAGGGUACGGUGGAGAAGGUUCGCGGUGCACGCCGGAGUACCCUGUGCGUUGUACCGGAGGCACUGGAGCUGUUAGAGGGGAUAAAGGGACCCGUGAGCGCGCUGUCGAUAUGUGGGCCGUGUCGCACGGGGAAAAGCUAUGUCCUGUCCAGGUUGCUGGGCUCCGCAGACGCCUUUGAGCUGGGGCACCGCUGGGACCCGCAGACGUUCGGCAUAUGGAUGGGCACCAAGGUACUGAAGGGUGCGGACUUCACUAUCCUGCUACUGGACACGGAAGGGAUAGACGCGUCAGGGGGAAGUGCAGACCAGGACGCCAGCAUUUUGGUGUUAACUAUCCUGCUGUCUUCUCUCCUCAUCUACAACUCGCUCAACGUGCCGUACAAGGGGGAUCUGGAGAAGAUGCAGUGUUUCAUCAAGUUGGCUAAAGGUGUGACCGUGAAGAAAGGACAGAAGACGCAGAUGUCGGAACUCCGUGAAUUUUUCCCUGACUUCCUGUGGCUCUUGCGGGACGUGUCACUCAUGAGCACGGACGAGAACGGGCGAGAGAUCGACCCGACACAGUACCUCAAGACUCGGGUUCUCGCGCGUGGUGAGGACUUUGAAGAGACACCUGGCGACAUGGUAGGGCGCGCCAUCCUCACGUCGUUUCCAUCUGUGGAGUGCUUUACUCUGGAGCGUCCUUCCGAUAAUAAGCAAGUCAUGAACAACAUUGCUGACCACACAGACAAGCUGAACCCCGAGUUUAACAAGGGCGUGGAGACACUCAUCGGCCUUCUGCUGCAAAAGUCCCGCCCCAAGAGGGGAUACUACAAGGGGUCGACUGUCAACGGUAUCGCCCUGAGCCUCAUGGUGAAGCAGUACGUGGAAGCGGUCAAUGACCCGCAGGCCAUCCCCGCACUGGACAACACCUGGAGGAACACCAUCCAGCUCAUGCGCAGUAGGGCCAUCGAGGAAGCUAUCCAGGAGUACAGAGAAGAGAUGGCGGCUGGCAUUGCGACUGUUUCUCAGGGCACAGAUGUCCAAAUCAUACUGGAUGAGGACAUUGAGGAUGAGAUGGAUGAGGCCUUGUCGCUGAUGAGCAUACACAACAAGGCAUUCACAAAAGUCACUUCCUGCCUACUGGAUAAUAUCGGCCAUUUGGGCAUCGGUUCUGGUGACCUGGACGAGGAGAGCGAAGGAGUGGUUCGGGAGAUGCAGGAGCGACUGGUUCGCAGGGAAGAGCGCACGAUUGAGUACGUCGGUGACGACCUCGUGACCAGACGGCAGCAGGGCAUGGUGGUGGUCGGUGGGGAGCUGUACGGCUUCCUGCAGGAGAACCGCAGCCGGUCCCGCGCUUUCUGCACGGAAAUGUUCAACACCUUCUUUGAGCCGGUUCAGAAGAAGAUCGAGUCCCCGCCCGCCGGGUACGACUUCAGGGGCGCGCUGGACGAGCUGGAGAGGACCCGGGAGCAGUACCACCGGUGGGCGAGAGGGCCCGAGAAGUGGGCGGUUCUACAGGAGAUGACCAAGAACUGGGACUCUCUCCGAGCUAACAUAAAAAAGAUCAGAGGAUACCAGGAACAGCUGAUGUUGGAACAGGAGAGAGCUCACCAGGCCGAGCUGGAAGCCCAGAGGAAGAACAGAGAGGCCAGACGGCUGUACAACCAGCAGCAGGACAUGCAGCGGGCUCACAAGGAGACUCUGGAGAAGAUGAACCAGCUCCACAAGUGGCAGAUGGCGAAGGUGAAAAUGGAAGGAGAGGUUUGGCGAUGGGGAGAAGAACAGAAAUUCGAGGACUUCAGACAGGCGCAAAUGGACGAGAUGGCAAAUCUAAGCAGGGAGUUGCAGGGGAGACAUGACAGGGAGGUGCAGCAGCUGAAGUCCCGGAUGCAGAGGCAGCAGGAUGAAAUGAACGGCAAGAUCCGGGAACUUAACAACAGGCUCAGACAGCCACCACGUUAGUAUUGUUCAUGGCGCCACCUCCUCGACGUCGUCGUAAGGGUGGCUGCGUCAUCAUGUGACUGAGUUAUACAUGUACUAGUCAGUUGGCGUGCAGUCGAGUGGUCGUGCGACCUGGUAUAUUUGAUGUGUUUUCUUACCUCCAAGUGACGUAGAAAAUUCAAUAUUAGUUUCAGCAUUUGUGUAGUUAAGAGCCAUAUAACGUUAUCAUAUUAAUCUGCGGAACAUACAUAUGAUAUACACAGAAAGUCUCGAUGCUCAGCUGAUAUCGUUAAUCACGUGGACUAAAGCUUGUGCGUAGAUGUUUGUAACGUUAAGUGUUGGUCUUGCUCAGAGUGAAAUAAAAUA